AUGGAGCCCGAGCAUUCUCAACCUCCGAACCCUCCACAACCUUCUGCCGAGUCACAGGCAGACGCGAAACACGGUGCACACCAACAAAGAGACUCCAAUACGACCUCAACAACAUCUCAUCCACAUCGUCAGCGUGGCGCCUGGUCUCCUGGCCGCCCUUCCGAAGACGAGUCCCGCCGUCGAGUAUCUCAUCGCAGGCUGCAAAAGCGACGGCCCCCUCACCUGUCCAGCAUGGAUUUUCCGGAACAGCUUCAACAAAAAGAUGGAGACGAGGAUCAAGAGGAGGACGUCUUGCCUGUCGGGCUUGGCCAGGGCAACCAAUCAUUCAUGAACCUGAAUCAGAGCAUCUUCGGUCUCAUUGCUGCUGCCGGCCCGAAGGUCGACUUCCACGAUAGAUUCGAGGGACACAGCAGUGAGGAAGAGGAGGGAGACGCGUCUGACGAAAACGGACCACAUACCAAGCGAAAAGGCGAUGCUACCGCUGGAAAACUGGCGCAGACCACAGUGCUGAAGCAGCCGGCAUCCAAGACCAGCAAACAACAUCGCCGGAAGUUCAGCGAUAGCAAGUUGAUGAAGUCUGUCCCAAUAUUAUCCAAGUUGUCGACUAAGAGUCGCUCUAAGAAGGAGAGCAAGAAGUCUGUGUCUCAAAUCCAAGAGGAGUCGGAGCCAGAGUCCUCGACUGGCGAUGGCCAGGCGAACGACGAACCCCGGCUUGCGCCGAUGAUGAGCCGAAUGCUUGAUGCACGCGCCGAAAUGUCGGCACGGCCAAGUUUUGACAUAGAGCGGCGCUCGACUGAUAGACAGGGCGAGUCAUCAGAGACUACAGACCCAGGGCCGUCUGAACUCUCAAAAAGGCUGCAGAAGAUUUUUGAGUUUGAUGAGCCAGAGGAAUUGAUCUCAGAAUAUCCAUGCUGGCUGCUUCAAGGUGUGCUCCUGCAGGGCUACAUUUACAUAACGUCUAAACACAUCUGCUUCUACGCAUACCUUCCCAAGAAAGCGGUCAGUCAGCCCGAACUAGAUCCCGAGAGAACAUCGCUCACAAUAUACAAGCAUGAGGUCACCAAGUCUGGCUAUCUUUUCAAGUCCGGCAAGCGAAAUCCCAAGUACAACAGGUACUGGUUCCGGCUCAAGGGCGAUGUGCUCUCGUACUUUCGCGAUCCCUCAAAUCUGUACCUUCCUCAUGGCCAAAUCGAUUUAAGAUAUGGCAUCUCUGCUACAAUCACCGACAAGGAUAAGGAUGGCCUUCAUUUCUCCGUUGAGACUGACCACAGGACGUAUCAUUUUCGGGCAGACAGCGCACCGAGUGCUAAGGAAUGGGUCAAAUGUCUGCAGCGGGUCAUCUUCCGAAGUCACAACGACGGAGACAGCGUCAAAAUCAGCCUGCCGAUCGCGAAUGUGAUCGACAUUGAAGAGACGCAGAUGCUAGAAUUUGCAGACACCUGCAAAAUUCGUGUGAUCGACAAUGAUGAGACGUACGCUAUUGACGAGUACUUCUUCUCCUUCUUCAGUUUUGGUAAGGAAGCGAUUGGCGUCCUCAAAAUCCUUAUCGAAGACGCUACGUCUAGCAACGAUAGUCAAACCAAGAAGGUCGACGUACCGCCAACUGUGGAUGAAGCAGCUACGUCAACUGGGCCAGCAUCCAGGGGCUCCUUCACUGGUCUCCAGCCUGGCCUAGCGCCAAUACGCACUGCCAAGUUGCGAGAUAACGUGAGGGCUACACUCUCGCCCUUGUCCCCUCAAUCACCGACAGGCCCCUCCCCUCGCGCUAGUGGUGAUUUCUCGAGGACCAGUUUCGAUGCGAUCCGACAGUUCGGUCGAGGAAGUAGGGACACGAGCCGUCAUGAAAUCCCUAGGAGGAGUUACAGCAGAGACAGCCGGUCAGUUAGCAGACAUCGUCACGAUGACACCAAACCCGGGGCAGACAAAUUCACGUCCACGGAUUCCAAUGCCGAAUCAACCGAAGACCCAAGCAUAGCGAGCAUUUCAGCCAUGACGACUUCAGGAGAGAUGGACCAAUCAGCCAGCCAAAUUCUCAGAGGAAGCGAUGUCUUUCACAGCCCUACGCUCCGGAGGUCAGCUUCCGCAUCGAGGGGAAACGAGCGUGAAUCACCUCGUAGUCCUCAUCACCACGUAUCCACUGGAUCCAUCAAUGCUCAUUUCAGGCCUCACCAUGCCGCUACCACAGGACAUGCAGUUGACCUUUCUUCUGGCGAGAAGAUGGAGGGAAAUCCGUCGACUCCCACGCUACAAACGAUCAGUAAGAUGGGUUCGUACCCGCUGCAGAGAGUUGGCGCUUUUGCGGAGUACCUAGGCCGACACUCCAAACGAGUAGGUGGCAUGCUUGCUACUGAAUCGGUGGGCUACGCCGGAAAGAUGUCCGGAAUGUGGAAAGGCGGCCAGAGACACUAUGACGAGCCGGCUGCGCUGCGGACAGACGACGAAGCCGACGACGAGGAACAGGACAAGGUCUCCGAGCAGCGAUUCCAGGAUCACUUCGCCCUGCCGAGGUCAGAAAAGUUGAGGGCGACCUAUUUUGGUUACUUCAUGCGUGUCCUGCCUCUCUACGGCAAAGUCUACAUGAGCGACCGGAACUUCUGCUUUCGAAGUCUCAUUGCUGGGUCUCGCACAAAAUUGAUCCUUCCAAUUCGUGAUAUUGAGAAUGUCACGAAGUCAAGUGGCUUCCGUUUCGGUUACGCUGGUCUGGUGGUUGUUAUCCGUGGUCAUGAGGAGCUUUUCUUCGAGUUCGGCGACUCAGCGCUGCGCGACGACUUGGCUGUCUUCUUGCUGAGGGGUAUUGAAGCUGCCAAAUUCUUGCGUGAGUCUGGGGAGCUAGACUCGGACGAGAAAGAAGAUGCUCAGAACGCAGAGGAAGAACACAAAGCGCUCGAGGAAGCUCGGCAUGAUGAAUUUCCUGAACAUGAGAUCACUCUCCCACGCCAAACUUCGAACGUUUCCGACGGGCCGACUAUCAUAUUCGAUGAUCCUAAGGCGUCCUUUAUCAACUUCAAGCCCGAGAAGUCUCUUCGAAUCACCUGUCUCACUAUUGGUUCGAGAGGCGACGUGCAGCCUUACAUUGCACUUUGCAAAGGAUUACUUGCCGAAGGUCACAAGCCUAAGAUCGCCACCCACGCCGAGUUCAAGGACUGGAUCGAAGGACAUGGCAUUGAUUUUGCCCCUAUUGAAGGUGAUCCUGGAGAGCUCAUGCGACUUUGUAUCGAGAACGGCACAUUCACAGUAGCCUUCCUCCGAGAGGCUAGCUCUACUAUGCGGAGUUGGCUAGACGGUCUUCUAGCCAGCAGUUGGUUGGCGUGCAAGGGCUCUGAUGUCCUUAUCGAAAGCCCUUCUGCCAUGGGAGGCAUUCAUAUUGCCGAGAAGCUAUGUAUACCCUACUUCCGGGCCUUUGGCAUGCCUUGGACGAGAACCAGGGCCUACCCGCACGCAUUUAUGAUGCCUGAGAGGAAGAUGGGCGGUGCUUACAACUUGGUCACAUAUGUUCUUUUCGACUCCGUCUUCUGGAAAUUCACUGCGCACCAGAUUAACCGUUGGCGCAACAAGACCCUGGGCUUGCCAAAUACCAGCCUCGAGAAGAUGCAACCCAACAAGGUCCCGUUCUUGUACAACUUCUCACAACACGUCGUGCCUCCGCCGCUGGACUACAGCGACUGGAUCCGCGUUACUGGUUACUGGUUCCUCAACGAGGGUGGUGCGGACUGGACACCUCCAGCAGACCUGGUGGCUUUCAUCAAGAAAGCCAGACAAGACGACAAGAAAAUUGUGUAUGUUGGAUUUGGCAGCAUCAUCAUGGACAACCCGGCCAAAUUCACCCGUGAGAUUAUCGAUGCCGUUCUGAAGGCGGAUGUCCGGUGCAUUCUCAGCAAGGGGUGGAGCGAUCGUCUUGAUCCCAAGUCUGAAGAGGCUAAGAAAACAGGAGUUGCUGAUGGCAACAGCUCUACCAAGGGUGCUCACGCUGGAAGCAGUGGCACAACUGAGACACCCCUUCCCCCUGAAAUAUUCCCCAUCAAAUCCGCUCCUCAUGACUGGCUGUUCAACCAAAUCGACGCCGCGGCACAUCAUGGUGGCUCCGGGACGACAGGCGCAAGCUUGCGGGCUGGUAUACCGACUAUAGUCCGUCCCUUCUUUGGCGAUCAAUUCUUUUUCGGAAACCGUGUCGAUGACCUCGGUGUUGGCAUUCUUCUCAGGAAGUGGGGUGUGAACUCAUUCGCCAGAGCGCUGUGGGAGGCCACGCACUCAGAAAGGAUGAUUGUCAAGGCGCGAGUUUUAGGGGAGAACAUUCGCAAGGAAAAUGGUGUUGACACAGCCAUUCAAUGCAUCUAUCGCGAUAUGGAGUACGCCAAGUCCCUCAUCGAAAGGAAGGCGGGCAGGAACGCUGCUGCAGCUGAACGGGCAGCGACUUCGGGCUCCGACGACUUAGAUGACGACGCCGAAGAGGAGAGCUGGACGUUCAUAGGAGAUGACACUGGACCGGAUGAUAACGACCUGGAUAUUGAUGGAGUUAUGAGACGAAGCCAAUUCCUCGUACCCUUGUCGCCCGAAGGCCCGCCUGCGAAGCACAAGUCGCUCGGGAGCAAGGCGCUCAUGAGCGGCAACCCCCUGCUGAUGACAGCUGGUAACACUGCCAUAAUACCAACGAGCCAGCGUAGUCCGCUCGGCCUGCCGCGGCAGAGCAGCGCAAGCAACGACGGCUCAUAG